AUGACGUUGAGUUUUAGACGAGAUGUUCUUUUCUUAUCCAUGAUUGUGAUGUGUGAAACUAUUCAACUGAAUCUUUAUGAUACAGAAUUAGUUAAUAAUACAAGUGUUGAUCAUGAUUGUAUUUAUUAUUACGCACGAAAUCAUGUCGAGACAAUAAAAAAUUGGAAACAAGCACCAAUAUUUCUUGUUCAUCAACUUAUUCCAUAUUGUGUUCGAUUAAAUGAAACAAAUCAAUUCGAACUGAAUCCCUUUUCAUCAAGCUUUGCAUUCGAAGAAUUACGAUCGAAAUCAAUUACCAGUGAUCAAUUGUAUAAAUGGUCAGCAGUAAUUGAUAUUGCAGAAGAAUAUGAAUAUUAUUUGAACAAUCCAAGUAGUGAGACUGAUUUCUUCCCAUUUCAUAAUUGUACAUUCCCAUGGUUUGGUGUAUUUUGUCAAUAUACAUUCGAUUUUGAUACAAAUUCUUCAAUUGCUGAUAUUGUUGAAGCGAUAUUUCAAGCGAGAGAAGGACUAGAGUACCAAAUUCAUAAUUUAUCAUGUUAUACACAUUUAGAAUGUAUUCGUGGUCCAUAUCCAAUGUGUCUCGAUUGGAGAGAAAUUUGUGAUGGAUCUCAGGAUUGUUUAAAUGGAAUGGAUGAAGUCGAUUGUUGGAAAAUGGAAAUGAAUAUUUGUGGAAAACAUGAAUAUCAAUGUCGGAAUGGACAAUGUAUACCAGAAGAAUAUUUAUUAGAUGAUUUGUGGAAUUCCGAAUGCCUUGAUAAUACUGAUGAACUUGUAAUGCAUCUUCCGAUGCUUAAAUGUAUUACUGAUCCUGCGAUGCGAUGUGAAGAUCGCAUGUGUCCGUCAUUACGACAUUCCACAUCAUUUGCCUGUGGUGAUGGACAAUGUGUUCAAGCAAAUCAAGUUGCGAACCAUCAAUGUCAAAAUGGACGAGAUCUUCUGUGGGCAAAAUCGCUCAUUGAUCAUACAAUGAAGUCUUUAGACGAACCAUGUGUUAUGGCCAUGAUUUGUAUUAGUAAUAUUGUACCUUCUAAGAUGUAUAAGAUCGAUUGUGAUCACUUGUGUCGGCCUGACGGAUGUCGUGGUAUUGUCAAAGCAUUCUGUCCUGCAUUAUUCGAGUUUCCGAUGUUUCCCGUUGCUUUUGGUCAUAUUUAUUUUGUUUAUACUAAUGACAAAUUAGAAUAUCAUUUGCAUGGUAAAAAUUCUCCCAAUUAUAUCUGUUAUGAUGAACAAUUGUGCAUGGAAUAUUUACCACAAACAAGUCGUAUCAAUGGUCGCACGUGUCGACGUUAUAAUGAAACUGUCUUAAGUAGUUACAGUCAUUUAUUAAGCUUUCAUUUCCAAGCUAUUCUUCUCGAAGUUCAAUAUACAUUUGAAGCUUGUUUAUCCGCUCAUAAAUUAUCUUACGAACAGAUUGACAAUCGUUCGGGCGUAUAUCAUUGUAUUAAUUCAUCAAAAAUUAUAUCAAAACGUCAUCUCGUUGAUGGACGUCGUGAUUGUCAUGCAAAUGAUGAUGAAAUUGCCGAUGCAUGCACAGUCAAAAAUGAAUAUCGAUUUAAAUGCUAUACGAACAGUCUCAACACAACUAUCACGCUUUGUAUACCACCAUUUCGGAUGACAGAUGGAUCUCAAACUUGUCCAAAUGGGGAAGACAAUGAAAUGAAUCAAUUAACAUAUGAUUUUAUUCGACCUCAUCUAUCCUUGAUUGAUUUUAACAAUUUUUGGUCACAUGUUACACUUGAACGACACAAAUUCUUUCCAACAAUAUGUAAUGGAGCUAAUCAAAUGAUUACACCUAUACUGAUUAAUAAAAAGCGUUAUACGGAUGAAACUGAAUGUGACAAUUGGCCUUGUAAUCAUAUCUAUAGUGAAUGUGAUGGAUUUUGGAGUUGUGCAAAUGGUUUAGAUGAAUUGAAUUGUCGACCAUCGAAAUGUCCAUAUUUGCAUCAUCCAUGUGUAUCACCAAAAACACUGAAACUUGGUUGUUUAAAUAUAAGUAAAGCAGGCAACGGUAUUGUUGAUUGCUUAGGAGGAACUGAUGAAUUAAAAUCAUGUCAACGUGGAGUCUCAGGUUCAAAAUAUUUUCGCUGCAGUAAUAUUCUUUCGUUUACAUGUUUAAUAGAAACAUCGUUAUGUGAUAAAAAGAGAGAUUGUUUGUUUGGUGAUGAUGAAAAAUUUUGUCAACAUUUCUUAACAGGAUCCAGACGCCUAUGUGGAAAUAUUCAUAAUUUUACUCUAUCAGACGAAGAAGAAUUCUUGUGCAGUUUACACAAUGUAUCAUUACGAAGAAAAGACUACUUUACAGUUAGCAAUUUCAUCGAUCAUUCGAUCUUGAAAUCAAAUAAAUUAAUUGUAAUUGAAAAUAUUCCUAGUCUGAAAGUUAAUUCUGAUUGGAUCAAACGAUGUAAACGUGGAUUACCUCUGCGUAUAUUCAAUCAGAAUGAAAUCCGAUGUCUUUGUCCUCCUGCUUAUUAUGGAGCAAGUUGUGAAUAUCAAAAUCAGCGUGUAUCUAUCACAGUUCAAAUUCGUACAAUCAGUUUCUGGAAAACAAUGUUUACUAUUGUAUUUUUAUUAAUAAAUAAUCAAGAUGGAACAAUUGAAUCAUUUCAUCAAGUGGAAUUCAUCUCAAUAAAAGAUUGUGGAAUAAAAUAUCAUGUCAAUCUUUUAUAUUUAACUCGACCUAAAGAUUUCUUCGGGAAUCAUUCAGUUCGUAUCGAUGUCUUUGAUCGAAAUUCCAUGAUCUAUCGAGGAAGUUGGAUUUAUCCUUUACCUUUUUCCUUUCUGCCUGUAUAUCCUUUGGCGAUCAUCUUAGUUAUUCCAGGACAUCAAAUCAUAACCACAUGUGACGAUUUGAAUUGUGCUCCUCAUGGUCAAUGUUUGAGAUAUAUCAAUUUGGAUGAAUACUUCUGCAGAUGUAAUGAAGGAUGGUCGGGAAAAGACUGUAUGACGAAGAGUUCGACCAAAUUAACUUGCGCCUCCAGAUCAUUAAACAUAGGAAUGAUUCACAAUCGAUCGAUUUGUGUUUGCCCAUUAGGUAAAUUUGGAUCUCGGUGUUACUUAACUUCUCCUUCAUGUCCUGAGAAUGUAUGUCAACAUGGUAGUGCAUGUUUAGUAACAGAUGAACGAAUAAUGAAUCGAAAAUAUAUUUGUAUUUGUAAAAAUGGUUAUUCGGGUCAAAGUUGUGAAAAAGAAGAUGCGAAAAUUGAAAUAUCACUUGAACAAUUGCCGAUUCCUUUGAAUAUUUUGGUUCAUUUUAUAACUGCCCAUGGCGAUAAGCCUGAAAGCCGUGUAACAACAUUCGCAAAAAUUCCUGUCGAUCAAACUUCAACAACUGUUUCCGUGUCAUCUGCAUUUCAUUUGGUAUUUGUUGAAUUUUCUCAUAAUCUUUAUUUUGCUCAUUUACAAUUUCUUCAAAAUUCCGGUUCCAUGCUUAAAAAACUGAUCAAACCAUCUCAUCGAUGUUCAUCGAUCGAUGAAUUCUUUCCUAUCAGUAUAACUCAACUUCAUCAAGUCCGUCGUGUUAAACAUUAUCCAAUCAUUUGUCAAAAUCAUUCAAAUGACUUUUGUUUUUACGAUGACACUUAUCUAUGUUAUUGUUAUAAUGGAAAUACGCCAAACUGUUUCAUUUUUCAACGUAAUAUGACCUAUGAUUGUCAAGGUUUUAAUUAUUGUGAAAAUUUCGGUAAAUGUUAUCAGAAUGAUCUUGUUUGUCCAACAUCAUCGAUGUGCGAAUGUCAAGAAUGUUUUUAUGGAAGUCGAUGUCAAUUUUCGUCAAAAGGUUUUGGUUUUUCAUUAGAUUUUAUUCUCGGUCCACAUAUUCGACCUAAUAGUUCUUCAUUUUUUCUUCGAAUAAGCAUUACAAUUGUGUCUUUAUUAACUAUUCUUGGUUUUGUCAAUGGUUUUCUUUGUAUUCUGACAUUUCAUAGCGAAAAAUCUCGUCAAACAGCUUCCGGAUUUUAUUUAUUCAAUUCUUCAAUCGUAUCGAUGUUCGUCACAAUUCUAUUCCUACUCAAAUUUUGCUUCUUAGUCGUCUCUCAAAAGAUGAUUUUGACCAAUCGAUCUGUUCUUUUCUUACAAUGUUUAUUAAUUGAUUUUCUUUUACGAAUUUCCGUAAAUCUAGAACUUUGGUUAAAUGCUUGUGUUUCUUUUGAACGAGUGUUUAUCAUGAUCAAAAGUACUCAAUUUGACAAUAAAAAGAGUAAGUCGAUAGCAAAGAUAAUAGUUCAAAUUCUUCUUUUAUUCAAUAUUGGAACAACGAUUCAUGAUCCAAUUUCUCGACGUCUUGUUGAUGAUGACGACGGAAGAGAUCAACGGAUUUGGUGUAUAGUGGAAUAUUCUUCGUUGUUACAAAUAUUUAAUUCAUUUUUCUAUUUAUUUCAUUUUCUAAUGCCAUUUAUGAUCAAUGUUAUCUCAGCGUUAAUCCUUAUCAUCAAACUAUCCCAACGAGCAACCUUUUCUCGUUCUCAUGAAAAUAAUUUUCGAAAACAACUCAAUGAGCAUAAACAUUUACUAAUUAGUCCAAUAGUUCUUAUUAUUUUAUCACUACCUCAACUGAUUAUUUCAUUAAUUCCUGGCUGUAUGAAAUCCUUUCGAGAACCAUGGCUCUUCUUAAUGGGUUAUUUCAUCUCGUUUAUUCAUGCUCUGGUUUCAUCCAUUACAUUCGUUCUACCUUCAAAAACAUACAAAAAACAACUUUUAUGUGCAUGUCGACAGUGGAAACGAUUGCUUUGUAGAUAG